CGUCGCGCCCCGGGCGGAGCUCCGGGCCAUGGCGGCCGCCGAGCCCAAGCCCCCCGCGGGGGCGGCCGCGGCCGGGCGCCUGGCCCGAGGCUGCUGGUCCGCGUUCUGGGACUACGAGACGCCCAAGGUGAUCGUGGUGAAGAACCGGCGCCUGGGCGUCGUGUACCGCGCGGUGCAGCUCCUCAUCCUGCUCUACUUCGUGUGGUACGUGUUCAUCGUGCAGAAGAGCUACCAGGACAGCGAGACGGGCCCCGAGAGCUCCGUCAUUACCAAGGUCAAGGGCAUCACCUUCUCCGAGCGCAAAGUGUGGGACGUGGAGGAGUACGUGAAGCCCCCCGAGGGAGGCAGCGUGUUCAGCAUCAUCACCAGGAUCGAGGUCACACCCUCGCAGACCCUCGGAACCUGCCCGGAGAGCGUGAGGGUUAGCAACGCCUCCUGUGACACGGACGAGGACUGCGGGGCGGAACAGCUGGACAUGCUGGGAAGCGGCCUGCGGACCGGGCGCUGCGUACCCUACUACCAAGGGUCGGCCAAGACCUGCGAGGUGUGGGGCUGGUGCCCGGUGGAAGACGGGGCGUCGGUCAGCCAAUUUCUCGGCAAGAUGGCUCCGAAUUUCACCAUCCUCAUCAAGAACAGCAUCCACUACCCUAAAUUCCAGUUCUCCAAAGGCAACAUCGAGCACCGGAAGGACGGCUACCUGAAACGCUGCACAUUCGAUGAGGUCUCCGACCCCUACUGUCCCAUUUUCAAGCUGGGCUUCAUCGUGGAACAGGCAGGGGAAAACUUCACGGAGCUGGCACACACGGGUGGUGUCAUCGGGGUCAUUAUCAACUGGGACUGUGACCUGGACCUGUCAGCGUCAAAGUGCAACCCCAAGUAUUCUUUCCGGAGGCUUGACCCCAAGCACGUCCCAGCCUCGUCUGGCUACAACUUCAGGUUUGCCAAGUAUUACAAGGUAAACGGCAGCGCCACCCGCACGCUCAUCAAGGCCUAUGGGAUCCGCAUCGACGUCAUUGUGCACGGACAGGCAGGGAAGUUCAGCCUGAUUCCCACCAUCAUUAAUCUGGCCACAGCACUGACCUCCAUCGGGGUGGGCUCCUUCCUGUGUGACUGGAUCUUGCUGACGUUCAUGAACAAAAACAAGGUGUACAGCCAUAAGAAAUUCGACAAGGUGUGCACACCCAGGCGCUCCUCUGGUAGCUGGCCUGUGACUCUGGCUCUUGUUUUGGGCCAGGCUCCUCCCCCACCCUGUCCCUGCUCUGCAGACCCAGGCCAGUCCCUGGCCGCCCCGCCCCCAUGGCCUUGCCCUGCCUCUGCCCCUUCUGAGCAGAUGGCCGACACCCCUGAGCAGACUGUGGGACCAGAGUUGGGUGCCUCCGAGCCUUCCCGGCAGGACUCCACACUCACGGACCCCCGAGGUUUGGCCCAGCUCUGAGCCCACCACAUGCCUUCCAUCAUGCUGUGUCCAAGGCGGGCCUGAUGGGGUCCUGAAGUCUGGUCCCGAGACCAAGCCGCCAGCUCCCCUGGGCCCUGCCCAUGCACCUCAACACGCUCUGAGAAGCUGGGAACGAAAGGACCCCCCAUGCAACCGGGCAGUGGGCGGGCACGAAGUGGGUGGCACCGGAUCCUGGCUGGCCCCUCAACGUCCCCGGGCCUGGAGGAAGGGGUAAACUCCUGCCUCCUCCUCCUCCCUAGCUGACCUCCUCACAAACUUCUCACCCCUCCCCACCCAGACCCUUUGCUUGCUUCAAUAGCCAAGAAGUCACAUACCCAGAGUCCAAUAAACCUGUGUCCAGAA